AUGGGUAAGAGUAAAGAACAGCCAUCGAAAUCAAGACUUCCGGACCUUGGCGGCCCCAUUCGUGACGCGGCAUUUAUUGAACAGGAGCACAGGAAGAAUCUUGGUUCCCGCCCUGACAUAAAACCUGUGUUUGUAGAUAACCCGAAGUCUCCGGUCGCUAAUUUUACCUUUACUCAUCUGGACAAGCAACCUGCUUAUGAAUCAGUUGAGGGCAUUGUUUGUGGUACAUCAGAGAGGGUACACAGGGUGACCGUUACCCUCGAUACGACUCCUCCAGUGCUUGGCAUUGGUGACCACAGAGUAAGGAGAGAUGCUGAGCGGCUCGCAGCGCUUUCAGCUCUCUAUCAACUUCAUGAUACAGGUCAGCUUGACAAGCCCAAGCCCUCAGUAUCCUCGAGUUCUGCUCCACAAGUAAUCGAACUGAGCGAUGGUUCAGUCGUUGACUACGAGCGCGCACGAAGCUUUAUGGACUACUACUGCCGCAGAUAUGGAUUUAGCAAGCCGGACAUCGAGCUGGAAGAACAGCGUCAGGGGCGCGCGAAGUCGACUUGGGCAGCCGUUAUGAUUGUGGGUGACAAAAAGAUCGGCCUGGGCUCCAGCGCAACCAAGAAAGCAGCCCAGAUACAGUGCUACUUGGACGUCGUGCAGUAUCUGCAGCAAUGUGAUCCCGACCUAUGGAAGACUUUCGUGGAGGCGUCCAAAACUGGAAAGGACCUUGGUCUAGCCCCGAAGGUUUACUUCCAGAUCAGCACAAAACUCGAGGAAGAGAUACACAAGCUAAAUGGCGAUAUCAAAAAGAGCACUCUAUACAGGAACAGGCCCGUCAUUGGGUCCAGCUCAGACACUCCAAGAUCUCAACCUGUCCCUGUUCCUGCCCCACGACCGUUCUAUACCCGCAGGUUUCCUCAGGGUUUAUUGACCCAAAAGUCGGAAGAACUCAGGGAACGAAGAAAAAAAUACAUUACGGAUCCAGCGAUGGAAAAGAUGCGAAACACAAGAGCUGCGUUGCCCAUCUAUGCUCGAUCGGAGGAGCUCGUGUCACACAUACGUGAGAAUGAUGUCACAAUUUGCAUGGCUGCGACGGGUUCAGGCAAAACCACGCAGAUACCACAGCUACUCCUGGAUGACCAUAUUGACAGGGGUGAGGGUGCUCGCUGCAACCUCAUUUGCACUCAGCCUCGUCGGCUGGCUGCGCUCAGUGUAGCUAACCGUGUUGCCAAGGAGAGAGGGGAAGUUGUUGGUGAAGGAUCGAUUGGCUACAGUGUCCGUUUCGAGUCGAAAUUGCCAGAAGAGCAUGGCUCCGUCACUUUCUGCACCACGGGGGUGCUACUCAAAAAACUUCAGUCUGCCAUGGCUGAAGGCGGGCUAUCGGCUGCCAGGAUGGACGAGGUGACACACAUCAUUGUCGAUGAAGUCCACGAGCGGGAUGUUGAUACCGACCUCCUCCUCGUUGUUCUCAAGCGCCUCAUGGAUGAUCGCAAGGCUCGGAAUAUCCCACUAAAGAUCGUCCUCAUGAGUGCCACUAUUGAUCCUACGCUGUUUCAAGAAUACUUCCCUGACGAGCGAGGCCAACCGGCAAAAGUAAUCGAGAUCCCAGGCCGCACGUAUCCCGUUACAAAACACUUCAUGGAUGAUUUCAUCCCUACGCUGAGAAACCAUGGCGCAUUAAACUGGGUGUUCCAAGAUGACUUGGUCUCUAAAUACCUCGCUCGUGAGGAAGCUUAUGCGCGGUCUUGUGAGCGCUCAAUGACAGAGGGAGACUCCCGCGUGCUGGGCGGUAGAGACGAAGAGUUAGAUCUACCAUGUCCCUUGGUGGCAGCUAGCAUUUCAUAUGUCUUGCAGCGGUCUAACUCAGGACAUGUAUUAGUCUUCCUGCCUGGGUGGGACGAGAUGUCUGCAGUUCAGAAAAUUCUUCUUGGUGGAAGUAUGGAUAUCAAUUUCAACAAUCCCUCAAAGUACAGCAUUCACCUCCUCCACUCUACCAUUCCUCUCGCCGAACAGCAAGUCAUUUUUGAGCCCCCUCCAGAGGGCGUUCGUAGAAUCAUCCUGGCUACUAAUAUUGCGGAGACCUCCAUAACAAUUCCAGACGUUGUCUAUGUCGUUGACGCUGCAAGGAUCAAGGAACAGCGAUAUGAUCCCGACCGACACAUGUCGUCCCUCAUCUCCGCAUGGGUUGGGUCUUCCAACCUGAACCAAAGAGCAGGGCGGGCGGGUAGACACCGGCCCGGAGAGUAUUUCGGCAUUCUCAGUAAGGCUCGCGCAGCCAACCUUCAUCCUCAUCCAACCGUGGAAAUGAAACGCGUCGACCUAAGCAAUGUCGUCAUGCACGUCAAGGCUCUCAGUUUCCCCGGGAUGGUCAUUGAAGAAGUUCUCGCUGCCGCUAUUGAACCCCCUGAGCCCGACCGUGUCGCCGCUGCCAUGACGAACCUACAGAUGGUAGGUGCGCUGGAUCAAGACAAGAACCUCACGUCACUGGGAAAGGUUCUACUACAACUACCUGUGGAGGUCCAAGUGGGAAGGCUCGUCCUUUACGGAAGCUUUUUCCGGUGUCUCGAUCAGGCUCUUACUCUCGCUGCCAUUCUGACCAAUCGGGAUCCGUUUUUCUCCCCUAUGCACCUGAAGGCUGAGGCUGCUGCUGCUAAGAACAAGUGGUCGCCCAGCGGGUUCAGGUCAGAUCCGCUCACCAUAUUGAAUGCUUAUAACGCAUGGAACGAGAUGCAGCGUCGCGGCGAGUAUAUGGCGGCCAAUCGCUUCUGUAACAACAACUUCCUCUCGAAGCCAACGCUACUUUUGAUUACCAAGAUCCGCGGGCACUUAAUGCAGUCUCUGUACCAAGCAGGAGUCAUUGACGUUUCUGCGGGUGGCAACGUCGCAUCAAUUGAGCCUAGAAGUCGGGAGUUGACCGUACCACCUGAUCUGAACGUCAAUGGCAAAUCCCUUCCUCUCCUGGCUGCUCUGAUAGCAAUAGCUUCCCAGCCAAAGUAUGCUGUUAGGACCGGCGAGAUGACUUACCGCACUCAGAUGGACAAGGCGACCUUUAUACAUCCGGGCAGUGUAAAUCAUCGCAGGCACGCCGUUGGGAAUGACCAGGUCAUGGAAAAACAGCUUUACGCUUUUUCUGAAAAACGACAGAAUUUGUCGAUGGUCGGCUCCAGUCCUCAAACGUAUCUAAUCACCACGACCCGCCUGGACCCUAUGACGUACAUGCUCUUUGGCGCCUACGAGAUCCAAGUCACUGAACGAGGACUGGAGUGUGAUGGCUGGCUGCCAAUCGUCGGUAAUGUCAAUGUAUUGGAUGACAUCCAAUGUUUGAAGACCGUCAUGGAGUCUUGUAUGCUUCGAGUAUUCGAGGGUAUUGUGAUGGCUCGACGAAAGAGACGUCAAGCACUGACUCUCCAGAUUUCGGCUCCGGAGGAAAACGAGAGCGAAUGUGAGGAUGAAGGCACACUCAACAAAGACUACACCCUCUCUGCUACAGAGAUCAAAGAACUAGAUUUCAUGACCACAGACAUAGUACGGAUUCUCAACCGCUACAGCGACGAGCGCAUUGCAUAUCAAUCCUGGUCCAAACCUCGCACCGCGACUCCCGUGGCUUCUCCCAGCCCAUCCUACACACGAUUUCUCCCCUUUGAAUCCAGGUCUGAGUUCUCCACAUCGUAUGGUGUGGGGUCAGCCUACAAUUCAAGGUCUGGUACAUCUAGUUAUCGUUCGUCUGCUUCACGCAGAUUCUAG